AUGGCUACAUUAUCCAUGUCCGUCAUUGAUUUUCGAGCCGCCGUCGCCCAAGCUACAGCUAUUGCAAUACCAAGACAACGUUUAAUUUACCGUGGUAAGUUAUUAAAAGAUGGUGCUCUAUUAGCUGCUUAUGAUGUACAGGACGGUCAUACGGUACAUUUAGUAACCAAACCAGCGACUAGAGAUGAAGAAAAUACGGACAGACGACCAGCAGAUGGACUUGCAGAUGGACCAGCAUGGAAUUUAGCGAAUCUUCGUUCAGCUCUACGACGUACAGGCGUUUCAACUACAUCUGGACAUCAGUUACCAAUGCUAAGGGAGAUUUUGGCUGAAACAGCAGUUGAAAAUACAAGAAAUGAGGAAGAAUUCGUAGUAGUUGACUUGGAACCACUGACACAAGGGAUUUUUACCAUACAAAGUGUACUAUCAACAGCACAACGAGAACAACCGAGACAAUUUUUUAUCGGACAGUGGCUUGAUGUUAAGGAUACAGUGAAUCAGUGGCUUGAGGCUACGAUUAUGGAUAUUGCCAAUGGAAAAAUGCUUGUGCAUUAUCAUGGAUGGCCUACAAGAUGGGAUGAAUGGAUUGAGUUGGAUUCGGAUCGGAUUGCAGCCUUUCGCACACGAACUCUACACAUACCAAAUGCACAGCGUAUGUCACCUGUGCCAACCACAAGGGUACCCAAUGCACCACGAGUAAGUGGUCGUGACAUACGUCGCACAGUGAUUCAAGUCCGUAACUUGAUGCGCGAGAUGAUGCCACAUAUUGAACAACUUGCAGACUUGUGUGAAGAGGAUCUAAGACAGCAGCAGCCAGAGCAGAGGGAAGAGAUAGCACGGAAUGAGACGAUGGAGAACGCUACUGACUCGUCGAUGAUGCCAGAGGAUAGACAAUCGCGAGAAAGUGAGGUGUCGGAGGCAGCUCACCUCGUGGCCCCUCUUUUCGAUCGAUUUGGACGGCUUUUAAUGGAUUCAGCGCAGUAUUUGGACCCAUUGUUGUACCCGGAAAUGAGAGCUUCAUCACAGCGGCAACAAGAGCGCCGCUUGGCAGCAUUGCGUCGCGGACACGGAGGCUCUUCACGACAACACACUGCGAGUAGUUCGACGUCAAUUGAAGUGCAAGACAGCUCGCUGUCCAUUCGAGAUCUGAUUAUUUCCUCUCCUAACGUAGCAAGCGAGUCGAACCAGCCGAGACGAAGCAUUGAUGUGCAUAUUCACGCGAUUGUCGCGCCAGCUUCGCUGUCGUCGCUUGCUUCGCUGUCCCGUGGUAACGUUGCAGGCAGUCAUACAGAAGCUUCUCCUCAGACGCCUUCUACGCCCCCGAUUGGACGCUCUUUUGGCUUCAAUGACACAAGAGUUUAUAAUAGUCACGCAAGUGAUGACGAAGGCGACCAUAGUCGGGUCCCUCUAUUAGGAUCGUAUCGCCAUCGCGCACAUUCACAUACUAGCGACUCAAGUCAUCAUCAUCAGCAGCAGCGUGCAGUGUCGCGUGAUCUAGAUGAUUUUUUGUCAGAUGAUUUUUUCAGAACUUCGUUCGGCCGCAACGAUGAUGACAGCGAUGAUGAAUCGAGUAUUAGCUACAUGCACUCAGAUGCCAUGCAGUCUAGUCGAUCAGCGUAUCGCCCCCCUUCGUUGUCUGAAAGAAUGUCUUCGCCAGGCACUCCUAGCGAUGAUGGUAGUGCACAAUACUCGAGCGGCACGAUAGGUGUGAUUUCUGAAGUUGCAGCGACUGAAGAGCAACUGCAAGCACGAGUGUCUGAAGCAAUUAAUCAAGGCCACAGUGACGGCAAUGGUCGAGCAUCGCUUGCAUCAACAGGAUCGUCUUCCCCUGAUUCGUCAUCGGGUUUUCCUACAUUUUUGGAAGUCAUGCGCCGGACUCUCAGCAGUGUCCGAAGCUUUGUCCAUACGGAACAGAGCAGCAGUUCUGUUGAAGAUACACGCAAUUCUUUGGAGUUGGUGUCGGGCUCUUUCGUGCCAUCUUCCUCACCGUUACCGUCAUCACCGUCGUCGUUGUCGACGCCCCCGGUGUCUCCAGUGAGUCAUUCUUCAAUCGAAAACGUUACCAGUUAUCAUCGUGGUCUGAGCGAAAGCAGUAUUGAUGGAGCGUUGGAUUUGGAUGAAGUGGAUUGA